AUGUCGCAGGCUGUGAAGACCUCCACAACAGCUGCAGUGAACCCAGGCACUGAUGGGAAGGGGAAGGGGACUCCACCCGCAGGGCCAGCCCCAGCCCCCGACCUGGCCCCAGGAUCGGUGGCCAUGCCCAAAGCCAAAGUGGGGGACCUUUCUCCUGGGAGCUACAGGAGCAGCUGUUGGGUCGCCUUUGAGCAGUCUAACUUCCGGGGAGAGAUGUUCGUCCUGGAGAAGGGUGAGUACCCACGCUGGGACACGUGGUCAAGCAGCUACCGCAGCGACCGGCUCAUGUCCUUCCGGCCAAUCAAGAUGGACUCCCAGGAGCACAAGAUCUGUCUGUUUGAAGGUGCCAACUUCAAGGGCAACACCAUGGAGAUCCAGGAGGACGAUGUGCCCAGCCUGUGGGUCUAUGGCUUCUGCGACCGCGUGGGCAGUGUGCGGGUGUCCAGUGGGACCUGGGUCGGCUAUCAGUAUCCUGGCUACCGUGGGUACCAGUACCUCCUGGAGCCUGGCGACUUCCGGCACUGGAAUGAGUGGGGGGCCUUCCAGCCGCAGAUGCAGGCCGUGCGCCGCCUGCGUGACAGGCAGUGGCACCGAGAGGGCUGCUUCCCUGUCCUGGCUGCUGAGCUCCCCAAGUGAGUCCCUGCUCCACCUGGCUCUCAUGCCC